AGCGUUCUUAACGCCGGCUUCAUAAAAGGAAGUCAGUCGCCCAGCGUGCGUGAGCCUGAGCGACUGCAAUCAUGAGCAAAUCUGCGACCUUCAGACUGUGCUGCUGUUUCAGCUUUCUGCUCCUGCUCGUCGUCGCUGGCAUCAUUUCGGGCAUCGUGUUUUUCACCAAGACGAAGUGCUCAGACGGAUACUUCAUGCACGGAGCGGUGGCCGCCGAUUCCGAAACGUGUUCAGUAAUUGGCAGGGACAUCUUGCAGCAAGGAGGCUCGGCAGUAGAUGGAGCCAUUGCAGCACUCCUAUGCACCUCCUUGGUGAACCCACAGAGUAUGGGCUUGGGGGGGGGGUCCAUAUUUACAGUGAUGGAUAAAAUGGGCAACGUUAAAGUCAUUACAUCCAGAGAGAAAGUUCCAAGACGCACCAAAGCUGACCUCCUGAAAAGCUGCCCCAAAAUCUUCCAACUGCUGACCGGAAGUGAGUGGAUAGCUGUUCCCGGGGAGAUCCGCGGCUACAAGCGGGCUCAUGAUCUCUAUGGAAAGCUGCCAUGGGCAAAGCUCUUUGAGCCUGUAAUUCGACUGGCCCGAGAAGGUUUCCCCCUCCCCCCUUACCUUGGGAAGGUUCUUCAUAUCCUGAAACAACUGAUUGAGGGGUCACACCUAUGUGAUGUGUUCUGCAAUAGCAAUAAGACGGUGCUCCGUCCUGGGGAGCUGCUGAAGUUCCCAAAGUUGGCGGAAACCCUGGAGACCAUUGCGAAGGAGGGGGCUGACGCUUUCUACACGGGCAGAAUUGCGAAUGAUUUGAUUGAGGACAUAACAGAUGCAGGUGGAAGCCUAACAAGGGAAGAUUUAGCAUCUUUUCAAGCCAGUGAAACAGACCCGUUGGUAAUGCAACUGGGAGACUACAAAAUGUUCACUCCUCCCCCACCAGCAGGGGGGGCUCUUCUUGGCUUCACCCUGAACAUAAUGAAUGGUUUCAGUCUUAGUCGCUCAUCCAUCGAUGGUGACCAGAAAGCCUUAACUUUUCACCGAUAUGUGGAGGCACUCAAAUUUGCUAAUGGACAGAGACCAACGAUUCGUGACCCUGGUUUCAACCCUGAUGUAAUGAAGGAAGCGGGGUAUUUGAUAAGUGACGAAUUUGCCAACCGCGUGAGGAUGAUGAUCAACAACUCCAUGACACAUGACCCUCAGUACUAUAACAUCACCCCCUCGUUGGACCACUUUGGCACCAGCCACGUAUCAGUGCUGGCUGAAGACGGUACUGCUGUGUCAGUCACCAGCACCAUCAACCACUUCUUCGGCUCCAUGGUGUACUCUCGCAGGACUGGGGUGAUUCUCAACAAUGAGCUGGCUGAUUUCUGUAAUGGUCAGGGCCAUCUUCAGGCAGGUAAGGUGAUGCGUUUAAUCCCUCUUCUCUGGCUUUGCUUGCUGUUCAGUGUGGUUGUGAUUCCUCUUGAGUCCUUCCCUUCUCCUCCAGGGGAACAGCCUCCUUCCUCAAUGGCCCCGUCGAUACUCUACUCAAAGUCCAAGAAUAAGCUGCUGUUGAUUGGAGGAUCAGGGGGCUCUAUGAUCACUACCGGGGUGGCCUCAGCUCUGAUGAACCACCUGUGGUUUGAGAAGAACCUGCAACAAGCGAUCUCUGACCCAGUCUUGUAUGUGAACCCCAUGUGCCACGUCGAGGUGGAGAAAGGGUUUGAUGAGGGGGUCGUAGACAAACUUAAACAGCUCGGGCACAGUCUGGGCAGCAUGAAUUACUCUCUCAAUGUGGUGAAUGCCAUCUCCAGGGAGGGCUCAUGCAUCAGCGCCAUGUCAGACACCAGAAAAUUGGGGAAGGCCGCCGGCUACUGACCCCAAGGACGCAUGGCCAACGAUGAUCUCAUGAAUUCUGCUGUCAUCAUGUCUACGCUUACCCAAAAGCUGGGUUCCAAAGAAUCCAUGCUGCUUGGUACUACCGAAACUGAUUUGCAGAUGAGGGUGUCAGCGGGCGGGCCUCGUGAAAAUGUCACUUUCUGGCUGUGCAAAUUCUGGGCCUCAACAGUGCAACAGGUCUCGGCCUGCUCUGGCACCCGAUUUCACCCACCGCUGGGUUUAAAAUUAUAGGCAUCACACCUAGUUAAAUACUGUAAAUAAUCCCACAAUGUGAAACAGAACUUUUGUAUACAUUUUCAUUUCACUUCUUGGGGAAAAAAGACUUCACGCACAUUAUUUAGGUCAAAACAAACUUGCAUAUGGUAUCUGGCCUGAAUGUAUACCGCAAAGAAAUGUGUGGUGUGUACGUCUUGCAUAAGUGUAUCGUCUUGCUCUUGCGCCAGUGAACUGGAAAGUCAACACUUCAGGGGAAUUACACUUUCUGUUUCUGCUGGGACACAUAUUUACUGAGGGACAUUAAAAUACACUCACACACACCUGCACUGACUGCGACUCUCAGAAAUUACAGGGUUACAGACACAUACAAAGGGAAAAAGUUCAGACAUUUAUAGACAAACCAACAACUGCCAGAGCUAAACUAAUUGAGUUUUAAAGAUAUUUCCUAAAGGAUUUUAAAAUCCUGCUAUUGAGAGGCCACCAUUUAAUGGUUGUUUUUAUUGUAAGCUUUGUAGUUAGUAUUCAUCUCUGUAUGAAUUUACCUUGGCUGGGCUGAUGCAUGAAUUAAUCACAGAAUUCCAGUUACAUUAUAUGUGGACUUGCUAAUGGGUUUUCAGUACAGUUGACCUAAAAUCAUAAAAUACCUCUGAAUCAGGAUUAUCCCCUAAAUUAUCCUGACAUCAUAAUUUACUGAACGUAUAAGCUUCACCAAUAAAAUGUAGUGCUGCGUUUGAUGUCACAGACUUGCUAAAAAGUCAUCACACCUAAAACAUGGACUAAUCACACGUUUAAAAUUUAAAAUGUACAAUAUAUACUGUGAACUGCUCCAACCAAGUGACAGUUAAAUUGGGGCAAAUGCAAAAGUGAGCAAAAGCCUUUGUUAUAAGAUUCCCAGUAUUUUUAGUAUUUGACAUAAAUAAACACCCACGCACAGACAUGCACAUGCAUACACAACUGCCAGUUACUCAGAUUUUUGUAUAUGGAACAUUUUUUUGUACUUCUGUGUUUUUCCCAGUGUGUAAUAUUUGUGCUAUUGGAAUAAAUACUGGCGUGUUUCCUUCA